UGUCAAUUUUCGCGGUUAAAAUUGAAACAAAUGCAAAAAUAAGUAUUCUAGCUAGUAUAAAAUAAUUAUAAUAAACUAUAAUAUGAUAGAGAACACAAUUAGCAAAUAAGAAAAGUAAUAAAAUGAUAGCAGAUCUUUAUAACAAUAAUUAAUGUCUAAUAAGUUUUAUGUAGUGAGUGUAUUGUUUAGCAUAAACUAACCUGAGAUCUGAAUUUUUCAUUCUUGCUCGAUAUAUAAUUUGCCUACAAUAUGUUGCUUAAAAUAAAACCAUCUAUUGAUAAUGAAAUCGAUCUUAAACCAGUUGCUAUUGAGAGACAGAAUAUUGAUUAUAAGGAUUGUUCUCAACGUUUUUACCAAGUAUCGAGAGAUUUUACUAAGCAAUACGCACACAUAUAUUCUGCGAGAUUGAAUAAAUUUAGAGAGAUUUUAAGCCCAUUAAUACACAAAAAAUGGUCCAACAACUACAAAGUUUUGAAAUUGUGUGACUUGCGUGAGAAAGGAGAACCCUGUGUAAUAAUUGGUACACUUUUUAAACUUCAAGAACUUAAGCCUAGUAUUCUGAAGGAGCUGUCAGAUCAAUUGGAAAUUAUUCCGCAACCAUCAAGGACUCAUUUUGUUCAUGAAACUGACACAGUAGUAUUGGAAGAUGAACUCCAAAGAAUCAAAUUAUCUGGAGAUGUGAUUAAUGUAAAUGAAGUUGUCACUGGAGUAGUUGUUGCAAUUCUAGGAUCUGAAGAUGAGGAUGGAAUUUUUUCUAUAAAGGAUGUGUGUUGGGCUGGCUGCAAUAUACAAAAACCUCUGCCACAAAUAAGUGUAGACAAGUACAUAGUGCUUAUGUCUGGUUUAAAUCUGGCCUUAAAAUCUGCAGAUCAUCUUUUCUCACUAAACCUUUUCUUAGAAUGGCUCUCUGGUUUCUGUGGAUCUUCCGAUUAUCAAGAAGAGGUUUCCAAAAUUGGGAGAGUAAUUAUUGCAGGUGGAAUAUAUGCCAAUCAUUCAAUUGAAAGUACCCUAAAUGAAGCUGAUGUCAUUUCUGCAUCAGGAGAAGUGGAUUCGUUUUGUGCUGCCAUUAGCUCUGUUGCACCUUUGGACCUCAUGCCUGGCUGUAAGGAUCCAGCUGGCAUAAUGCUCCCACAAAAACCAUUCCAUUAUUGUUUGUUUCCUAAGGCGACUGAAUAUAAAUCAUUUAACCGAGUUUCAAACCCUUAUGAAUGUGAAAUUGGUGGUUUUCCCUGUUUGGGUUCUUCUGGGGAGCCAAUAGAAGAUAUAAUUAGGUACAGUCAACUGGAGAACAGAAUAGAAAUUAUGAAGAAGACAUUACUAUGGAGGCAUAUGGCCCCUACUUGCCCUGAUACAGUUCCAUGCACCCCAUGUUUAGAUACAGAUCCUUUUACAAUAUAUAACUGCCCCGCUGUAUAUUUUAGUGGGAAUGGCAAGGAGUUUUUAACAGAUCUAUAUACAGGUGAAGAUGGCCAAAAAGUGCGACUUAUCAGUAUUCCAGAUUUUUGUGAGACAAAAACAGUGGCUGUUUUGAAUUUGUUAAAUCUUGAAUGUUAUAGCAUGACCUUUACAUAAAUUUUAAAGUUAGUGUUCAUUUUCAAAAUCUUAUUUGUUAUAAAUUUUAUGAAAUA